GCCCGCCGCUCGCUCCCGCCGCAGCCGCCGCGGGGAGCGCGCCCGCGGCCACCAGCGCGCCGCCAGCGACGAGAUGCUGAUGAUGCUCAUCCGCUCCAUGGUGCCGGUCCAAGUGAUGGUGGAUUUGUGUAACAGCACAGAAGGGAUAUGCAUAACAGGCCCCCCAGGACCACCAGGGCCUCCUGGGCUUGAUGGACUGCCUGGCUACAAUGGAUCAGAUGGAAUCCCAGGAACUCCAGGACAAAAGGGAGAACCAGGAAUAAAUGGAAAAAGAGGAAAAAUAGGUUUGCCAGGACCAAAAGGCGAUCAAGGACAGAAAGGAGAACCAGGAGAAAUGGGUUUACCUGGCAAGGAUGGUAUGCCUGGACGAAAAGGUGCAAGAGGAGCCAAAGGAGAAAAGGGGGAUCCAAACAAUUAUGUGGUAUUAGAAGGUGCAAAAGGUGAGCCUGGAGCACCUGGGCCUCCUGGACCACCUGGACCCCCAGGGCCUCCAGGUAAACGUAAAGGUAAAGCCAAAGCGGAGCUCCUGGAGAACAUCUACAGCAGCACAUGCACUGGUGAGACAUGUGCUGUACCAAAUGAUGAUACCCUUGCUGGAAAGGCUGAAGACAGAACCCCAGAUCCUUCAAAACAAGCUGAAAGUGUCAUAAAGUCUGUAGGAAGCCCUGUUCACUUUGUCAGUGUACAGCAAACGUUUGGAAGUUGGAUGAGAGAAUCUGCAAACAAAAGUGAUGAAAGGAUUUGGCUCACCAUGCAUUUUUCAGGAAACUAUAUAAAAGAAUAUGAAAAUUCCAAUGCCUUGCUGAAUGACAGCUACAGGAUCAUUAACAUCACAGGAUUCUUCUUUGGAUGUGGUCAUGCAGUACAAAACAAUUAUCUCUACUACCAGAAGGGAGGAACCAAUGUCAUUCUGAAGUUUGGGCUCGAUAACGCCUCGCUGGGCACCCUGCUCAUAGGAAAUGCCUUAUACCACGGCCGGAACUACCUCUUCUCUAACGCCAAGACCUAUUUCAACAUGGCAGUGGAUGAGAAGGGGCUCUGGAUUAUAUAUGCCUCAAGCACUGACGAAAAUAUAAUGGUAGCACACAUCGAUGAAGAAACGUUCUCAGUCAUUCGGCACAUCAAUACCACCUAUCCUAAGUCCAAGGCUGGUAAUGCAUUCAUCGCAUAUGGCAUUCUGUAUGUUACUGACACUAAGGACAUGACAGUAAGUUUUGCUUUUGAUUUACUGAAAGGGAAGCAGAUUGAUGCAAGGUUUGAGUUACGGUCUUCACAGUCUGUUCUUGCUAUGCUUUCGUACAGUCUGCGAGACAAUAAUUUGUACACGUGGGAGAAUGGGAGCUUAAUGAUAUACCCAGUCCACUUUCACAGAUGAGUAUAUUUUCACAUGCCACCUUUGAAUAAAGGAUCUGUUUAAAGCUCUGUGACAUACACAUGGGGGUCUCUUCACUUGGUAUCAUUUUCUGUUUGCUGAUGGUGGUUUGUGAACAUGUAUCAAAGGCAGAUCAGGUGCCUUUGUAUAAACACACUUCAAUUACAUAGGCCACCCUCAUCUUUUUAAAAAGUGCUGUUCACUAUAACAGCUGGCACACAGCAUAGACAUACUUUUGUUUUUCUCCUGUUAUUCAGCUGAUAAUUGUGUCUUAUGUACAUUGAUUAUUCCACAGUCGUGCUCAGCAGAGACUAUUUGUAACUUUUAUUUACAAUCAUCUUCUCUGCAAGCAUUUUCUAGUCAGUGAUGAUGGUCUAAUACAAAGAUCUAAAUAAUGAACUUCUGUGUACAAAUACCUUUCUCACUUUCAUUUAAUUUCCAUGGAUUCUCUGUGACCACCUUUUCUGGACAAAGGUUUAAAGCUGUUAAAAAUGAUGGGAAUGGAAAUACUUGUUUAAAUAGGAAAAAAAGCAGAAAGCUUAAAAUUUGAAAAAUCAAAUCAAGUGUUAAUAAUCAAAAGCAAAAUCCGGCAGAAGUUCAAGGAGAUGGGAAUAAUGACAUUAAAUACUGAAUACACAUGAAUUAUGUUUCUUUAAAAUUAAAGACAUAAACUUCAUGAUUAAAAUUUAAUUUUUAACAGUACUUGAGUUUCUUGUGUUGCUGCAGACUCUUCUUUGGCUCUCACUGCCAUGCAAACUAUACCAGUAUAACUUGCUUAUAACUAUUUAAUUACAGUAAGGCAUAUUUCUAAAAUAAAAUAUCCCCACAUUCAUCCAUACAAAUGAAAUCAUAAAAUGAAGGGUAUAUAUUUUUUAGAAUACUAUUUUUGCUGCUAUUUUUAGAAUCAUCAUACUCAAUCUGUGCCUUAAUCUGUUGUUAACCGUAAAUCAGAGACUGCCAACACAUUCAAAAUUUUGAGUUAGAGGUGAAAAAUAAUAGGAACUUUUUGAUUUUAACUUUGUUCUGGUAUUUCAGAUUUCUAAAUUUAACAUUGGAAUAAAAAUCUCUACUGUUGUUUUAUUCAUCAAGAUUCAAAAUCAUGCUCUUGGAAAACUCCCACCUGAAUUUCUAAGCUGCCUGUGCUAAAGUUCAUGGAGUGCACCCUAAUAUUUAGAAGCAAAGUGUUAUUUAAAUCCUGAACCGCACUGCGUUGUUUAAUACCUGUGUG